AUGCCUCUCACCCGAGACCCUUUCCAUCAUCCUACGUUGGAAAACGAUGAUUCCUACUUGGGAAAACUGCGGGCUUCCAAGAAACUGCCAUAUAAGAACCCAACUCACCUUGCUCAGCAACAGGAACCCUGGUGUCGACUCAGCUCAACUCCCACAAUCACGUCCAUGAGGCAGGCUGUUUAUUUUUUUGAUCCUGAGAUACCGAAGGACGAUCUGGAUUUCCGAUUAGCAGCCUUGUACAACCACCACACAGGGACGUUCAAGAGCAAAAGUGAGACACUGAUACACCAGGAGACCAUUCAGGAUGCCCAUGGAAUCAAGAUCCAAUUCUCUGGAGAAUCUUUAUCCCCUCCCCAGCCACCCGCCAUCACUUCCCAAGCUAACAUCAGACACUGGAUCAACCCUAAGAAGGAGUCUAUUCACAGCAUCCAGGGAUCCAUAGUGUCCCCUCACACUGCAGCCAGCAAUGGAGGAUAUUCCCGAAAGACUGAUGGUGGCUUCUUCUCCACCUAA